CGCGCUCCAGGCGGUGCUCGGUUUGGGAGCGCGCGUGUCGGCCGCGCGCCGGCGGCGGGAGCGCGCUGUCGUCCGCGCGCAGGAGAAGCUUCGGCUCAUUGUGCGGAGACGGAGCUGGCGGGUCGGAGCGAGUCUGGAGGAUCCGGCGCAUCAUGGUCUGAUUACAGAAGAAACUAUAAGGUUAAUGAGGUGGUUGCCAGCCUUUAAAAACUGCUGCCAAUGAACAACCCAUUUAUGUUCACCAUUGAGACCUAAUCUGAGAGAACUAUGGCAGCUCAAAGAAUCCGCUCCACCAACACCGGCGGGCUUCCUCGGUGUAAAUCCGAAGGCACACUAAUCGACGUGAGUGAUUGUUUAUCUGAACUCAAUAUCAGUGAAUUCAAAGUACCGUCUCCCAGUACAUUGCGAUUGGACACACCUACAUCUUUUGGGGAUGCACGAGAAGUUGUGGCUAUUAAGGAUUACUGUCCAACUAAUUUUACCACACUCAAAUUUAAUAAAGGGGAUGUUUUAUAUGUCUUAGACACAUCUGGACCUGAGUGGUGGUAUGCCCACAACAAUACUGAAAUGGGAUACAUUCCUGCUUCCUAUGUACAGCCCGUUGGCAGAAGCCCAUCUCUCCGAGACAGUGGCAUGGUGGAUAAUAUUGGUGACAGUUCUGAUGAAGGUGUCAAAGAGAUGGAUCUACUUGGAGAAUGGGGAGAUAUCUUUGACAAAAUGUCUGCAAAUACCAAACAGAACAAUCCAUUCUUGAACGGCUUUGCAACCUCCAACCCAUUUCUCAAUGGCAAUCCACAGAGCCCCAGCUCCAACAUUGAUCAGGCUCCUAAAUCAGAAGUGGACCUACUUUUGUUUGAUUCAUUUGCACCACUACUGGCCGGUUCCAAAACAUUAACAGCAAAUGGCGGAACUAAUGGCGUUUUUGAGGAAGACCCAUUAACUAGUUCAAAGGACGAGUUUGAUCCGCUAUUGAGUCGGAACAACCCAUUCUUCAGAAGCAAGCGAUCAUACAGUAUGUCAGAACUUUCUGGUCUGCAGGCCAGGUCUGCCGCACCUCCCUCGUCUGGCUUCUUCAACAACAUGCAGUCUCCAGAGCCGGAACAGUUCAGGAGCCGGGAGGACUUCCGAACAGCAUGGCUAAACCAUAGGAAACUAGCACGUUCUUGUCACGACCUAGAUUCUCUUGGACAUAGUCCUGGCUGGGGUCAGACCCAGCCUAUAGAGACUAACAUAGUUUGUAAGCUGGACAGCAGUGGUGGAGCAGUUCAGCUUCUGGACACCAAUAUCAGUAUUCAUGUCCCUGAAGGGCACAUUUCUCCAGGUGAAACUCAGCAGAUUUCCAUGAAGGCUCUGCUGGAUCCUCCUAUUGAGUUGAACAAUGAUAAAUGUACAACCAUCAGUCCUGUGGUUGAGAUCAAAUUAAGUAACAUGGAAGUUAAAACAUUCCUCACCUUGGAAAUGAAAAUUUCUGCCGAGCUAAAAGAUAAUGUGUUGAGCAAGAACGGUGCCAGCAUAACCUGCUUGAGUAGUGACAGUAAAGAUGGGCCCUUCUCAACAAUGCCUCAGGUGUAUCACUAUGGUGACACAGUGCAGGUGCAGUUGGACUCUCUGGAGCCUUGCAUGUAUGUUGUUGUUGUGUCUCAGGCCAAGAUACUGCAGUUCCCUGCCACUGUGUGGGAGUGCAUUAACAAAAAACUUACCGUUGGGGUUUAUGGUCCGAAGCACAUCCAUCCUUCCUUCAAGACAGUGGUGGCUAUGUUUGGGCAUGACAGCGCCCCUAAGUCCUUGCUGGUAAAUGAAGUGAGUCGAGAGCUUGUGAGCGCUCCACCUGUAGCCCUGCAGUUGUGGGGCAAACACCAAUUUGUGCUAACAAAACCCCAGGACCUGAAGAUCAGCAUACACCCGAACAUUUCCAACUACGAGGUCAUGUCUUCUGACCAGGUGAAGGUUGUCCGUGGAUUCCAGGUGAAAUUGGGCAAGGUCAGCCGCCUUAUUUUCCCCAUUCACUCCCGCGUCCCCGAAGAGCUUUCUGAUUUCACGCUGAGGAUCCAGGUCAAGGAUGAUCAUGAGACAAUAAUGACACAGUUCUGUGUGAGGACACCGCAGCCGCCCCCAAAAUCGGGAGUGCGAAACAGCGGGCAGAGGAGGUUCCUGAAGAAGAAAGAAGUCAGUAAGAUUGUUCUUUCCCCCUUGGCUGUCACGAGUAAAUACCCCAUAUUUCAGGAUCGCCAGGUAAACAAUCUCAGGUAUGGGAAACUGCUGAAGACAGUCAUUAGGCAAAUGAAAAACUAUUACCUGUUGGAGUACAAAAAAGGAGAUGUGAUCGCAUUGCUAAGUGAAGAGAAGAUUAAGUUGAAAGGCUAUCUCCGCACGAAAGAGUGGUACAUUGGGUUCUAUCAAGGAAAGAUAGGAUUGGUGCAUGCCAAAAAUGUGUUGGUGGUUGGGAAAAUUAAGCCCAGCUUCCUUCAUGGGCCUGAUCUCACUAGCUCUGCACUCUUGGAGCAGAUUCUUCGCCCCAGCAAGUUUCUCACUUACAUCUACGCUUCAGUAAGGAUGACCCUGAUGGAGAAUAUCAGCAGCUGGAGAGCGUUUGCAGACGCGCUGGGUUACAAAAGCUUGCCUCUCGCACACUUCUGCCGGACGGAGAUCGACAGUGAGCCUGAACGUGUGGCAUCAGUAUUGGAAAAACUCAAGGAGGACUGCAAUGAUGUGGAGAACAAAGAAAAGAAGUCGUUUCAGAAAGAGCUGAUGUCUGCCUUGUUGAAGCUGGACUGCCAGGGUCUGGUUGCCAGGCUUAUUCAGGAUUUCGUAUUGCUCACUACUGCCGUGGAAGUGGCCUCGAGAUGGCGUGAGCUAGCUGACAAACUGGCCAGAGUGUCCAAGCAGCAGAUGGACGCCUAUGAAGCUCCCCACAGGGACAAAAAUGGAGUGGUGGAAACUGAGGCUAUGUGGAAACCAGCCUAUGACUUCCUGCUGACAUGGAGCGCACAAAUCGGCGACAGCUACAGAGAUGUGAUUCAAGAGCUGCACAUGGGGCUGGAUAAAAUGAAGCAUCCUAUCACAAAACGGUGGAAGCAUUUGACGGGAACCCUGAUCCUGGUCCACGCUCUCGAUGUCCUCAGAGCAGCAGCAUUCCGUCCCUUGGAUCAGGAUGAUGUUGCCAUUUGAACGAUACUUUCACCUCUUCAGUGAAGACUCAGUGAGAGCAGAGAGUAGAUUUGAGUCAGUCGCCCUAAUUUCUAUUUAGUGCCAGCUUCAAUAAACCAUCCUUACAACUUAGGGGGCCUCUGAUGUUGCAAAGAACCUCCAUUGUCAGUUUUAUGGCACUGUACUCAAACCAGUCUGGCUCCUAAGACUUUUUUUAAAGAAAAGAGCCACCUGAUAUUGGGAGUGAAUUCUGAUAGCUUGUUUUGCACAAAAUCAUUUGAAUUUUAUAUAGUGAAUGGGUGAAUCCACCAGUGAGUUAGUAAUACAGCUCCUCUCUGUUAAAAGUGGUUAGGUUCCUAUAAGCACUCUUUGUUAAGCAAUAAUUCAUAUCUAUGAAGGUAUAGUAAACUUUUAAACUUUGUGGCAGAUACCAGCUACCUUGGAUGGUGAGAAUAGAUCAGAAGCAACGCAAUACCCUUAUGUAAGGAUGAAGGUAACCAAGCUAAUGUUGAGGAGCUCAGAUAAACAUCAUUCCUCCAGAAGCCACUGGAGCAGGAUGAAUGACAGCGAGUGCUCGAGAGAUUCCCACCGCCCCCCCGCCCCCGUUUUUAUACAGUUUAUAUUAUCUCAAAAACACCUCCCCAUUACCCUGAUCGAAAAAUCAUUAAAUGUUGCUAGCUUUUAUAGAUUCACAAUCACAAUAAUACUUUAUUAGCCAAGUAUGUUUUACAACAUACGAAGAAUUUAAUUUGCCUGGUCAGUCAUACAAAUAAAAGGCAACGGAACACACAAAACACAUUUUAACAUAAACAUCCAUCACAGUGACUCCUCCACAUUCCUCACAGUGAUGGAAGAUGGAAAAAGUUCGAUCUCCUCCCUUUGCUCUCCCGCGGUCGGGGGUCUUGAUCGGGAUGAUCGGGUUGACGGGAUGAUUUUGACUCCCGUAGCCAACCUGAGCUGUAUCAGGGGGAUGUCAGCUCUCCCGCGCCGGACGAUCGAACCCCACGUCGGGGCUGGUUGAACCUCCAGCGACGUUGGGGCUCCCGAUAUCCACGGCCUCUCCCGAGACUGCGAGCUCCCGCUGUAAAGUCCGCAGGCCGUGGUUGGAGCGAUCGACUCCGAUGUAAGUCUACGCCCCCCGCGAUGGGGCCCAAGGUCAGCUCCAUCGAUGGUAGGCCACAGAGCGACCGGAGAAUGCGAUCAGAAAAUUAAUCGCAUCUCUGGCGUGGUAAGAAACUUUUUUUUUAAGUUUCCUCUGACCCCCACAUAAAACAAACCGGAGAACAUUUACACAGGCUUUUCACACACACUUAAUAUUAAAAAAAAGACGAAAUAACAGACUGUUAGCGGGGCUGCCAAUCGUGUGCUGCCCCUGCUGGUGCUUGAAAGCUAGUUUCCUUCAUGCUUGAAAGCUUGUUUCCAAUUGAGUUCCCUGCCCUUCAUUGUUAGAAACGUUUGUUACAUAAAUGUUCAUUAACGGGGAGAGCUGUCGUCAAAAUUCUGAUUAAAUUGCAUUAAUAUUUUUGAAUUGAAUUUUUAACAAUUGUGAUAGUGUAAAAAAGGCUUAAAUUUCACUGCGUGAUUUGCUUUCUACUAAAGAGCACUAUUUUACUGGGUACUAUUUUUAAAUGUGUCAAAGGACUGGGUAAUGCUCCAGAAUUAUUCUUCAGUCCACAUCCUAAGAAAUUUGUUGAAUGUAGUUUUUAAGCUUUGUAAAUACAGCAGGAGCCUUAACUACCUCAGGUACAUCUAACCUUUUCCAAACCCUCCUUUCAUCAUGAUAGCUCGACCCUUAAUUGCUUCCAAUGCAACAGAAGCAUUUCUCUGUGGUGGGCUGCGACAUUCCAAGUGUUUGCCUUAAAACUGUAUUUGGAGAGCUGCAAAGGGAAAUUGGACAUGUCAAGACUUGCUUGCACUUUGAUCUGGGAAGCUGGCCCCAGUUACUGCAUACUUAAACACUGACAAACCACACUGCAGCAGUUUUUAACAAGCCAAAUCCAUUCUAUAAUGCCAUCCAGAUAUUCAUCAGUUGCCAAUCAAAGGUAGUGAUUUUUACACUAAAAAAAUGUAGAUUGAUUGAAGGUGCAGAUGAUUGGAAAGUGUGGGUGGGGGGGGUUGCAGACAAAGAACUCAGCACGCAUGUAGGUUGACCAUGUUCUCAGAAUGCAGCAGUCCAGGAUCAACAGUGGGUGUCCAACCUGUGCACAAACUUCUACUGGUGGAGGAUUCCAGCUGAAAGAAACAAAAAUAUUUUAAUUUAUCAACUUAUUACUGAAAAUCAUAACCUCAAUGGGUUUCCCACUGAUCCGUGCCACAGAUGACUUGAAAUGCAUUAUUUUCUCGCUCUGUUGUCUGUAUGACUGCAGGCUUCGCCUUCCAUUGACCACCUAAUUUUUGAUAAAUAUAUAUAUUGAAAUUUCUGUUUUGGAAGGUGCAGUUGUUUAUGACUUUUAGCCAUAGGCUGGAUGGAUAAACAAAGUCACUGAUCUCAGUUGAUGGAAUUAUUACCUUGCAAUAUUCUUAGUGUAUAAUUGGACCCUUGUGUUUUUUCUCUUCGUUAAUUAGUUUGAGUUAAUUAUUGUAAUCAUUUUAAGUGAAGUAUUAAAGACUGCACUAAUUGGUGCCAGUGAAGCUGUCAAUAAUGCAUGAUUUAGGGGACACUUAAUAUUUUUCUCACUUGUUGGUACUAAUUCAUUCAAAACUCAUUUUCCCAUUUGUUGGUACUGCUUGUUGAUGAGUCUUUUAUAGCGUAAAUCUAUUAUUAACAAGGCGAUUUGCUUUUCUUGGAUAAGGACCAAAGAGGUAUCUUGGGUCUUUCGUACAAUUUCUCUCCCCAGUUUUCUCUUUAGAUAUUUGAAUUUGCAUUUCAAUAAUCUCAGUCAUCAAAUAUUCAUUGUAAUACCUCCUUGCCUUUUUAUUGUCAUGCUAUUAGUCACUCAGACGGUGUAUAUUUCAAAGUUUUACACCUAUUGAGAGGAUAUGCACAAGUGAGUCUUGUUGUGGUUGAGGUGCAGUGCUCAGUCAAGUUGAGUUGGGUGCCGGUGCUGUGGGCAAGUCGUUGUCCUGGCAUCACUUGAUCUUGACUAUUCAGGACUUACUUUGAAUAAUUUGGCGAUGUUGGAUUAACUCUUUACCAAGCAUGGAGUCCCUUCUCCACAGCAGAACGCUGCGGCAUGUCUGUCUCUCAGAUAGUUACCAAGUAACAUCACUUUAUGUGUUAUUCAGGUGUAGUCUUUCGUCCAAAAAGCUAUUGGUUCAUAAACUAUCUUAAAACAUCCAAUCGUUUGGCGGGUUGUAAAAUUUUGCUAAAGUCUGUAUCUGUUAAUCUUCAAGAACUUCAACAAGAGAAAGUUCUUCACUCGUUUUCCUCUUUUCUGUCCUCCUCUCAAUUCCCUGACCCUGUCCAUAAAAUGUCAGUAUUUCCCACUCUUUUUCAUCCAUGCCUUAGCGAGCGAUGAUCGUUAUUCUCAAACCGUGCUUCAGCACCAGACCUGUAGGGUCUUGAUAAUCUCCAAUGCAGAGUUGGAGUUACUCAGGAUUGCAAUGUUGUCCGUGAAGCCUAGAGUGGUGCAGAUAACACUUUGGUUAUUCCAACUUCAUCUGCACUCCUUUCCCUAAGCUCUGGAGCAUGCAGAUUGGAGGGUCCAUGGCAGUAUUGAAUAAAAUCAGUGACAGGGUUCCCCAGCUUGACGCCACUCGUGAUGUUAUUAGAUUCGGUCUUGUUUUUGCCGACUGCAGCAUUUGCAUCCUCUGGUGAUUUGAGCAGUAAACCUGUGCCCGAAAGAGUCGAAGGCUUUGGCUGGUUCCACAAAGACAAUUGUAGGUUCUUUAUGAUUCUCUUUGGACCCUUUCAUGAUGUUCUGGAGGAUGGUAGUGUUCUUCCUUCAGCCUUGCAAUUAUACUGACAGUCUUGCUCAGCCUUUUAGCCAUGCUUUUGGUAAACCAAAAAGCCUCAACAGCCACGGCCUAUGGUGAAGAGCCUUCAAUUAUCAAUGGUUUUUGCCGCUUCCUCGUUCUCCAUCUUGGGUGUUAGAUGUUUUGAGUGUAUCUGGAAUGGUUUCCGCCUCAAACCACAGAAUAAAGAGAUUUGGGAGCAGUGUGUCCCACCAGCCAAUCUAGGUCCAUCCAUUUUAUACUAUCCAAUCCUAGGCGUUUGCCUCUUUGUAUCCUUUCAGAGCCUUCAUAAUUUCCUCCAUUUCAAUUCUUCAACAAGAACGUUUGUAGGUUAAUUGGCUUGGUAAAUGUAAAAAUUGUCCCUAGUGGGUGUAAGAUAGUGUUAUUGCGCGGGGAUCGCUGAUCAGCGAGGACCCGGUUGGCCGAAGGCCCUGUUUCUGCGCUGUAUGUCUAAACAUCUGUCCUGCCACUAUAGAUUUGCAUUUUGCUGAGGUCCUCUUUGUUAGUGACUGUUGGCUAGAAGCAUGUCUUGCAUGCUAAGAGGACAAUUUGAUGCUUCAGAUCUUCAUUAUUUGGAAGGAUAGCCUUAUUUGGCCUUUGUGAUACAUGUAUUGCGCCUGUUUAUAUUUGGCCUUUUUUGCGUAUCUCCUGUUGUUGUCAGUAUCACUUUAUGGGUUGCCCUUCCUUCUCUCACAGUUUGCAUUCUGAGAGUCACUGCUGGUCCUGAAAAAGGAAGCUAAUCAAUGUAGUCUUCAUUAUGUUCUGUAGAAGAUCCAAUUUUUAAAUCUUUUUCUUGGAAUCACAGGUUGAGUUUGCUUUCAUACACACCCUAAUAUCUGCAACAUCCAUUUUUAUUUUGGAAUGCAUAAUGGGUUUCCUGGAAUUAAAUUCAAAAUGUAUUUAUCAGCUGGGCCCCAUUCA